AUGUUGGCGUGGGUGGAUAUUGGAAGCAGUGAACACCACAAGCGACCCAAGGAUGAGAGAAAAGGUUUGGUGGAGCAGAAAGGAGGAGAGGAACGCCAUCGGCUGCGGCUCCAGGACAGAGAGCUGCAGGAGAUCUCUGAUGGAGGCUGGUGCCUCAGCAUGCAUCAGCCGUGGGCCUCACUGCUGGUCAAAGGCAUCAAGAGGGUGGAAGGACGGACGUGGUACACAUCACACCGAGGCCGACUUUGGAUUGCUGCUGCAGCCAAGAAACCCACUCCUCAGGAGAUUGCUGAGGUGGAAGCCAUGCACCGACACAUCUACAAGAAAGAGCCAAAGUUUCCUAAAGACUACCCCACUGGAUGUCUGCUGGGCUGUGUCAACAUGACUGACUGUCUGUCUCAAGAGCAGUUCAGAGAGCAGGCAAAUUUCAACUAUAUUGUCUCCUUAUAG